AUGGAAAAUGAUAGGGCACAGACAGAUAUCGGCCUAGCUGCUGAGAUUGAGGAGCAGCACCGAGAGGAAGAACUGGAGAAGGCUCUUGCUGAGCUGGCGAUGGAAGCAACUGAAAUCGAAUCGACCGAAACAGAUACACAAUCAGCACCACCUCUGCCACCAAAGCAACAAGCAGAUGCACCAAGCGGCGAGAAAGAUUCUACAAAACAUGCGGGGUCCGAAACGGCAGAACUGACAACUAGCGAGAACCCGGACAAGCCGGCCUUGAAGCAGCCCAAGAAACGGUUCAUCGGACGACGAGCGGCAGCGGAAGCUGCUGCUAAGACACCAGGGCUGAACGUGGAGGAUAGCGGGGCUGUUGCACGAAGGCCGCCACGACUUCUCAACCAGGUGCCGCCCGAGCUGGCCAACGACCCGGCCUUGCUUGAGGCUGUGGCGUUACUUCCGCCCAACUACUCGUUUGAGGUGCCAAAAACAAUCCACCGCAUCCGCACACAGGGUGCCAAGCGUGUGGCUCUGCAGAUGCCGGAAGGCCUGUUGCUAUUUGCAACGACCAUCUCGGACAUCCUGCAGCAAUUCUGUCCGGGAAUCGACACGCUCAUCAUGGGCGAUGUGACAUACGGUGCAUGCUGUAUCGAUGACUACACGGCCCGCGCGCUGGGUUGCGACUUGCUAGUGCACUACGCGCACAGUUGCCUGAUUCCCGUGGACGUUACACAGAUUAAGACGCUGUACGUGUUUGUGGACAUUCGCAUCGACACGGCACACCUUCUCGCGACGCUUGAGCGAAAUCUGCUCCAGGACCCGUCUAAGCCCACAACACUGGCACUGGUCGGCACGAUUCAGUUCAACGCAACCAUCCACGGCGUGAAGCCAACACUAGAACGGGCCGGCUUCCGCGUGAUAGUGCCACAGAUCGCACCGCUAUCGCGAGGCGAGAUUCUGGGCUGCACGUCGCCGAACCUGUCCAAAACAGCAGCCGCUGGUGCGGACGGCGACGACAGGGACAACUUGGCCAUCCUCUACCUUGGCGAUGGCCGCUUCCACCUCGAGAGCAUCAUGAUCCACAAUCCUACAGUACCUGCGUACCGCUACGACCCCUACGCGCGCAAGCUGACACGUGAGACGUACGGGCACACCGAAAUGCAGGACCUGCGGCGAUCGGCCAUCCGCACAGCGCGCACGGCACAGUCGUGGGGACUGAUCCUAGGCUCGCUCGGUCGGCAGGGCAACCCGCACACGCUGGCUGCGAUCGAAGCACGGCUUCGGCAGCGCGGCAUUCCGUUUGUGACACUGCUGCUGUCCGAGAUUAUGCCGCACAAGCUGGCGCGUAUGAGCCAGGACGUCGAGUGCUGGGUGCAAGUGGCGUGCCCACGGCUGAGCAUCGACUGGGGCUAUGCAUUCCCGCGACCGCUGCUGACACCGUACGAAGCGCUUCUGGCACUAGGCGAACGGGAUGAUGCGUGGGCGCGGGCGCCUGACGGCGGUGUGGGCGGCGUGUAUCCGAUGGACUUUUACGGGAAAGACGGUCUCGGUCGCACACGCGCCGCGCAGCCGGCGUGA